GCGGGCCGGUGGCUAUGGAGGCGGAGGCGGUCGAUGGUUGACCGUUGGCUCCAGGGUAGGGGUCGCCGCUCGUGUGAUCAGUUCACACACGACCAGGGGGCGAGGGCUGCUGACGUUCUGCCUGGAACCCACUGGGGGGACCUAGUUCCGCUCCGCCAUGCCGGCGGGGAGUAACGAGCCGGACGGCGUCCUGAGCUAUCAGAGACCAGAUGAAGAAGCUGUUGUAGAUCAGGGUGGGACCAGUACAGUUCUCAACAUUCACUAUGAGAAAGAAGAACUGGAAGGUCACAGAACUCUGUAUGUGGGGGUUCGGAUGCCACUGGGCCGGCAGAGCCAUCGGCACCACCGCACCCAUGGCCAGAAGCACCGAAGACGAGGGCGGGGCAAAGGAGCCAGCCAGGGGGAGGAGGGCCUGGAAGCUCUAGCCCAUGACACACCAUCUCAGCGUGUUCAAUUCAUUCUUGGCACUGAGGAAGAUGAGGAGCAUGUACCUCAUGAGCUAUUCACAGAGCUGGAUGAGAUCUGUAUGAAAGAGGGAGAAGAUGCAGAGUGGAAGGAGACAGCCAGGUGGCUGAAGUUUGAAGAAGAUGUUGAGGAUGGGGGAGAGCGCUGGAGCAAGCCUUAUGUGGCAACCCUCUCAUUGCACAGUCUCUUUGAGCUAAGGAGCUGCCUCAUCAAUGGAACUGUCCUUUUGGAUAUGCGUGCAAAUAGCAUAGAAGAAAUUUCAGACCUGAUACUGGACCAGCAAGAACUGUUCAGUGACCUAAACGAUAGCAUGAGGGUUAAAGUGCGGGAAGCCCUUCUCAAAAAGCAUCAUCAUCAGAAUGAAAAGAAGAGAAACAACCUUAUUCCUAUUGUUCGCUCUUUUGCUGAAGUUGGCAAGAAGCAGUCUGAUCCACAUUCAAUGGAUAAAAAUGGUCAAACUUUAUCUCCUCAGUCUGUUCCAGCUACAAAUCUUGAAGUGAAAAAUGGAGUGAAUUGUGAACACAGUCCUGUAGAUUUAAGCAAGGUGGACCUUCAUUUUAUGAAAAAAAUUCCCAGUGGGGCAGAGGCCUCAAAUGUCCUGGUUGGAGAGGUGGAUACUUUGGACCGGCCCAUCGUUGCCUUUGUGAGGCUGUCUCCAGCUGUUCUUCUCUCAGGCCUGACAGAAGUGCCAAUCCCAACAAGAUUUUUGUUUAUCUUAUUGGGCCCAGUAGGAAAAGGUCAGCAGUACCAUGAAAUUGGCAGAUCCAUGGCCACCAUCAUGACAGAUGAGAUUUUUCAUGAUGUGGCAUAUAAGGCAAAAGAGCGAGAUGAUCUCCUAGCUGGGAUUGAUGAGUUCCUAGACCAGGUGACGGUGCUUCCUCCAGGGGAAUGGGACCCCUCCAUUAGAAUUGAACCACCUAAAAAUGUCCCUUCACAGGAGAAAAGGAAAAUGCCUGGUGUUCCAAAUGGAAAUGUUUGCCACAUAGAACCAGAACCACACGGGGGUCAUAGUGGACCAGAACUGCAGCGUACUGGGCGGCUAUUUGGGGGCUUGGUGCUGGACAUCAAGCGGAAGGCCCCCUGGUACUGGAGCGACUACCGGGAUGCACUCAGCUUACAGUGUCUAGCCUCCUUUCUGUUCCUGUAUUGUGCCUGCAUGUCACCUGUCAUCACCUUUGGGGGAUUGCUUGGAGAAGCCACUGAGGGACGCAUAAGUGCAAUUGAAUCCUUAUUUGGAGCCUCCAUGACCGGGAUUGCCUAUUCCUUAUUUGCAGGACAGCCCCUUACCAUCUUAGGAAGUACGGGGCCCGUUCUUGUGUUUGAAAAGAUUUUAUUCAAAUUCUGCAAAGAUUACACCCUUUCAUACCUCUCUCUUCGAGCUUGUAUCGGACUGUGGACCGCCUUCCUGUGUAUUGUCCUUGUGGCAACUGAUGCCAGUUCUCUUGUCUGCUACAUUACCCGCUUCACUGAAGAAGCAUUUGCCUCCCUGAUUUGCAUUAUUUUCAUCUAUGAAGCUAUAGAAAAGCUGAUUCAUCUGGCAGAGACCUACCCUAUCCACAUGCACAGCCAGCUGGACCACCUUAGCCUCUAUUACUGUAGGUGUACUCUCCCAGAGAAUCCAAACAAUCAUACCCUGCAGUACUGGAAGGACCACAACAUUGUGACAGCAGAAGUGCACUGGGAUAACCUGACUGUCAGUGAAUGCCAAGAAAUGCAUGGAGAGUUCAUGGGAUCUGCAUGUGGCCAUCAUGGACCCUACACUCCUGAUGUGCUCUUUUGGUCCUGUAUUCUCUUCUUCACCACCUUCAUCCUCUCAAGCACCUUAAAGACAUUUAAGACAAGCCGCUAUUUUCCAACCAGAGUACGCUCCAUGGUGAGUGACUUUGCCGUUUUCCUCACAAUCUUCACAAUGGUGAUUAUUGAUUUUUUGAUUGGAGUCCCAUCACCAAAGCUUCAAGUUCCCAGUGUGUUCAAGCCUACAAGGGAUGAUAGAGGAUGGUUUAUCAGUCCCAUUGGCCCUAAUCCCUGGUGGACUGUGAUAGCUGCCAUUAUCCCAGCUCUUCUCUGCACUAUCUUGAUAUUCAUGGACCAGCAGAUCACAGCUGUCAUCAUUAACAGGAAGGAACAUAAGCUCAAGAAAGGCUGCGGCUACCACCUGGAUCUGCUGAUGGUGGCCAUAAUGCUGGGUGUCUGCUCCAUCAUGGGCCUACCCUGGUUUGUGGCUGCAACUGUCCUGUCCAUCACACAUGUGAACAGCCUCAAGCUGGAAUCUGAGUGCUCUGCUCCGGGAGAACAGCCCAAGUUCUUGGGCAUCCGAGAACAGAGAGUGACAGGCCUUAUGAUCUUUGUGCUGAUGGGCUGCUCCGUCUUCAUGACCACUGUCUUAAAGUUUAUUCCAAUGCCUGUACUCUAUGGAGUUUUUCUCUACAUGGGAGUUUCUUCACUACAAGGAAUUCAGUUCUUUGAUCGUCUGAAGCUCUUUGGGAUGCCCGCAAAGCACCAGCCAGAUUUUAUUUACCUGCGUCAUGUGCCACUGCGCAAAGUGCACCUCUUCACCCUCAUCCAGCUGACCUGCCUCGUCCUGCUCUGGGUCAUCAAGGCAUCACCAGCUGCCAUUGUUUUCCCAAUGAUGGUUUUGGCCUUGGUCUUUGUCAGGAAAGUCAUGGAUCUCUGCUUCUCUAAGCGAGAGCUGAGCUGGUUAGAUGAUCUCAUGCCUGAAAGCAAAAAGAAGAAGUUGGAUGAUGCCAAAAAGAAGGCCAAGGAGGAAGAGGAGGCUGAGAAAAUGUUAGAAAUUGGGGGAGAAAAGUUUCCUCUCGAAAGCAGGAAGUUACUAAGUAGUCCUGCAAAGAACAACAGUUUCAGAUGUGACCCCUCUGAGAUUAAUAUAUCUGAUGAAAUGCCUAAAACCACGGUCUGGAAAGCUCUCAGUAUGAAUUCUGGAACCACAAAGGAAAAAAGUCUCUUCAACUAAGAGUCUUUGCUGGGAUAGAAGAUUUGGGCCAUGAGGUGCCUCAGGGAAGUUCUGGUUACAGAGAAAAUGGUGAGUCCCUCAGAGAAGAAGCAAGACCAAGUCUGGCCCUAUCCUUGGUCAUCUCAAAGCCAUGCUGAAGCAUUCAGUUAUUCUUGGUGUGCAUUGGAGGCCAUCCAGCCAUCCCCAUACCAGCAGCCAGUCACCAGAUGUGAACGUGGAAGCAGAAGGCCACCUCCUGUUGGUAGUCCUCUUUCUUCUUUCUCUUCAGAACUGCCACCAUUAAAGACCCAGCUUCUCAUUUUUCAGACAUUUUCUCUGAAACUCUCUGCUGGCCUGCUGAGCCACGUGGAUCCAUUCUGCCAUUGAGGAGUUGUGCAUUGAGGUCCCUCUUCCUAAAGGAUGAGGUGGGGGAGUAGCAGGAGAACAGAGAGAAAGGGGAAACUUCCUUAGUCAUGUUGGUAUCUGCAGGCUCCUAGGAAGCCCUGGGCCUUAGUUUGAUUGCGUACCCUGGGUGGGGGGGAUGCUGGUCAUACCCAGUCAAGAGGUCUGCUACUAGGACGGUCAGCGCCCUAGAUAUUGGCAGUACUCACCACUUCAGUCAGGAAGACAUUUCUGUCCUGGGGGGGGGAUCAACUCAGUGAGACCCUUGGAAGAUACAAAAGCCAAGGGGGGAUAUUAGAGUUGCUUAGCUUAUUUAGGGGAAAAUCAGUAAUGACAAGUAAGAAUGAGAAUCUUCUCUUGGUUUUCAUUGAGGAUAGAGUAAGAGAAUGAGUUGAAUUGCUACGAAAGAAAUUAGUGUAGAUGCCGGGAAGGACUUCCAAUUCUGAAGAUUGGUCAGUGUCUCCCUUCUAGAUAUCUAGGAAAGAUUUGAUAACAGUUGUUUGUGAGUAGAAAAGGAGGUAUGAUGUUUUUAUUGGCCAUUUUGUGAUACUAUUUGACAUCUUUUCAGGAUACAUUCUGAUUCCAUCCUGGAGAGAUCCAAGUGCUUUUGUACUGUCUUCUUAGCUGCCUUAGUAGUGAACCAUCAUCAGCUCAAUGGACAAAAUCCACCUUCAGCCACGUGGUUUCUUCAUCCAUGGGUAUCUUUCAGUUGACAAAAAGUUAUGACUCUCAGACAUAAAAAGCUACACUGGGAAAUGAACUGUAAAUGAAGUUAGUUUUAGAAUGUAGUUUAAACUACUUUUGCAUUUUUUCUCUUCUUUGUUGCAAUGAAUGUCAAGGGUCUAAGUGCCCGUGCAUAUAGACCUUCCCUGCCUUUGUGCACAGAAUGUGACCAGCCAGCCCAUUAGCACCCAGAAAACCCAAGCCUCUCAGUUUUCCAUCCUGGAAAAUCUUUGUACAGUGGGAAGAUCCCCUAGUGUGCUGUCCUUUUAUAGGUGAGGAGUUGGCUGCAUCACUUUGUUGAAUGUUGCAUUCUUUACACUCAAAAUAUAUUAAGGUAUUCUAGUCUUACUGUAAUGACCUUUGAUUGAUGUCAAAGGAACCCUGCAUUUUCCCCAUAUUUCCCUAUCUCUUAAGACCACAGUUAUUUUAAUGCAGAGACGAUUUUCAAGAUAUUUAACAACUGUUACAGGACAGACACCAACCACUCGGAACAGGUACCUGCUAUGAACAAACACUAUGAUUGCACCAGUGCCUAUUGGCUGAAUGUCACACUGCUUUCAAAUAUUAAAAUGGCAUCCCACUAAAUUGUAGAGUUCCUAGUUUGUCUGAUUUGUAUUCACAAGGCUGUUCUAGGACAGCCUUGG